AUGGGAAAGAGAGAACCAAUGCUUGUCUGUUGUUGAGGGGUUAAGCUCUCAUUUAAUCAGGCACUUUUUCCGUGGGAUUAGUAAAAUGUUCACCUAGGAAUUGGCAAGAGAGUGUUUGAAUUAAAAACCUCAUAGUUAGCCUGUAAGGUGCUCGACCCAACUCUGCAAUUGUCACUAAGGUGGUUAAUAAAUAAUAGCUCCCUAGUUAGGUACAACUAGCUAGGUGGUUAGCUUAAUAAGCUAUUCACAAUGCCGAAUUUUUGCGCGGCCCCGAACUGUACAAGAAAGAGCACUCAAUCCGACUUGGCAUUCUUCAGGUUUCCAAGAGACCCUGAAAGAUGCCGACUGUGGGUGGAGAAUUGUCGGCGUGCUGACCUGGAGACCAAAACAUCCGACCAGUUGAACAAACAUUAUCGGCUGUGCGCUAAGCACUUUGAACCAGCGAUGAUAUGCAAAACAAGCCCAUACAGGACAGUGCUCAGAGAGACGGCCAUCCCUACCAUAUUCGACCUGACCAGCCACCUGAACAACCCCCACAGCAGACACCGGAAACGCAUCAAAGAGCUGACAGAAGACGAUAUUAGAAGAAUCAAAGAAAGGAGAUUGGAGUCCUCCAUUGAACAGCUGCACUCCAAAAAGGACAAGGUGGGGGACGAGGCAGAGGCCGGUGAGGACGCCCCCCAGCUGACUCCAGAACAGAGGGAGCAGCGCGAGUACCUGAAGUCUGUGUUCGAGAUCCUGCUCCUGAUGGGCCGGCAGAACAUCCCUCUGCGGAGCCUCGUGAGCAGCACGGAGGACGCCGCCGCCGCCUUCACCCCCAGUAACUUCCAGGCUCUGCUGGAGGCGCGGGUCAGCGCCGGGGACGAGGUGCUGCGGCGGCGCUUCGACGGCGCGUCUGUGAACGAGGAGUACUGCUCCGCCGAGGAGCAGCUGCAGAUGCUGGAGUUCUGCGAACAGGGCGUGCGCGAGAACCUCCUGCAGGAGGUGCGGGAAAGCUCCUUCUUCUCUCUGGUCACGGCAGACCUGGUGGAGUUCCCCGGCGAGACGCGGCUGCCCGUCUUCCUGCGCUUCGUGGACCAGGCCAGCGCCCUGCGGGAGGAGCUGGUGGAGUUGGUGGAGCUGGAGACGGACGGGGAGGCGAUGGCGGAGCAGGUGGAGGCCCUGGUGACGCAGCGCUGGGGCCUCAGCAUGGAGCACUGCCGCGGCCAGGCACACUCCGGCUCCGGCGCCUUCGCCUGCCAGAUCAAAGCCGUGGCUAGCAGGCUCUCCGACAAGUACCCCAUGGCCGUGCACACCCCACAGUCCUCCACCGCCCUCAACGUCCACCUGGCCAACUGUGUCCCGCUCACGGCCGUCAGGGUGGUCGUGUCCAUGCUGGGGAAGAUCCACGCCUUCCUCCAGUCCACUCCGGCGCUGCAGCGCGAGAUGGACCGGGUCAUCGACAUCCUCUUCCAGGGGAACCUGGAGAAGGCGGAGGUCCUGAAGCAGGCCUGCCUGAGCUGCUGGAGCACCAUGCACAACCUGUUUGAGGUGGCCAUGGAGCUCCUGGAGCCCCUGAUGCUCUGCAUGGACAGCCUGUACGAGAACGAGGACAGGACGUGGAACGACCGGGUCACCAGCGACGCCUUCUCCAUCUCAGAAGCUUUGUCGGACUUUGAGUUUGUAGUGACGCUGGUGAUCCUGAAGAACACCCUCUCGUUCACGAGAGCUUUUGGCAAAAACCUGCAGGGGGAGACGCUCGACGUGUUCUUCGCUGCCAACAGUCUGACAGCAGU